AUGGACCUAUGGGGCCCAACUACAGGCAUCGACGAUCACACUUGGAUCGAGUUGGUUUCCACGGACUUGGUCACGUUUCUUCGAUCUCAGUGGGUUCUCAAGGGUAUAACCGGUUUGAAUGAGUCGUCUCCUGGAAUUGAUGCCAGGGAAAUUUUCCUAAGGUUGGAGACACUCAAAGCUUUGGCAACCAAGCCGGUACUCGAGUCAGAAGACGAAGAAUUAUUCGACGAAGAACUCAAGCCCGAAGAAUCAAGGGCGUCAAUUGUUCAUACCGCCCCUCCCACCGCAUCGGUACCAGUGGCAUUAACUAAUGGAAGCAGUGAAGAUCUGGUUCAAUUGCCCCUGAACUCGGACCCACCACCAGUUGAUACCAAACCACCAUUGACAGUCCCUGAGCAACUUUGGCUCUUGCUCGACUUUGUCGAGUCUCACUUCACGGAGACGGUUAAAGAAUUCAAGCGACUUGAGUCAGAUGGAUAUAUAUCGUUCAAGCUCUUGUGGACUCUAUGCGCGCCAGGAAAAAUUCUGGAAACCAAAGAUGAAGAAUCUGAUUUUCCAAAGGGGAUGAGAGUUGAAUCUUGGAGCUACGGAAAUAAUGGAACAGUAUUUACCAUGAAAGGAGCUACGUACUCUUGGGAUGGCAAGGUAUUUAAACAAGACAUCACACCCGUUGGUAUCUGGUAUUUCAAGGGUUUGAUGAAAAUGGACCAAGUCCCGAUAAAAGUCAUGACAGAUCAACGCAAGAGUGAGCUUAUAGAGCGAGGAAGGAUUUAUCAGAAGUACGCAGGUAUCCACUACCUCAAGUACAAUGCAUUUAUCGUUGUGCCUACUGGUUGCCGCACAAUAAAAAUACCGGGCAAAGGUAGAGUCAUGGUGGACGCCAGUGGGUACUCGCGAUACAAUCUCAAUACUUCAGGAGGCUACCAAGCAGAAAUAUGGAACCCACAUGUAGAUUCAUAUCCCGCAUAUUCACCACUCGACUCUCCUCGACGGCGCCAUGCCAAUCGUAAAACAGAUGUGCGCGAAGAGUAUAGCAACGAUACUCGACUCCCUGAUGAUAUCAUAUGUCUAACUCCGCCUACCCAUAAAGCAUGGUCUUUUGCUGCUAAAACAUGGGGUAAAGUUCUUGUCACAAACUUAUCAGAAAUCAUAUUCGAUGAAUUAGCUUUCGACCAACUCGUACUUAGACCAGAGUACAAAAAGAUUAUCAAGGCUAUGGUCGAGACCCAUUCAGAAAGCGGCAAUGAUUUGGCAAGGGACCUAGUGUCCGGCAAGGGUGGGGGAUUGGUGAUGGUUCUUCACGGAAAGCCAGGGACCGGAAAGACCCUUACUGCCGAGGCGGUGUCAGAACAUUUGAAGUGCCCGCUGUACGUUGUAUCAUCCGGUGAACUCGGAACACAAGCUCCUGAGCUUGAGAAACAGUUAAACAACAUACUUGAGAUGACCACUACGUGGAAAGCUGUUGUACUGAUCGACGAAGCUGAUGUAUUUUUGGAAGCUCGGAAUACGUUUGACAUCACGCGGAAUAGUCUCGUGAGCGUCUUUUUGCGGGUGCUCGAAUACCAUACAGGUGUUCUUAUUUUAACCACGAACCGGAUCCGCACCUUUGAUAAUGCUUUCAUUUCGCGAAUCUCAAUGGCAAUUCACUACCCCGAUCUCGAUCAAGCGUCGAGAUCAUUGAUUUGGAAGGAGGCAAGUCCUCCCCCCCACAUUGCUACGCAUACAAUGGGAUUGAACACUCCGCCCUCGUCAGACAAAUCCGCCUAUAUCACACAUGAAGAACUCGCAUCACUAGCGAAAAAGUCUUUCAAUGGUCGUGUCAUUAAACAGAUAAUCCGGGGAGCGCAAGCCCUGUCGAUCGCCGACAAGGAACCUCUACGUUUGUCGCACGUUCUGACACUCCUGGGGAUCACCGAACAGUUCGAGACGGACUUGAAAACACUUGAAGCUACCGAAAACGUAUCGGGAGCAGACGGGGCUGGCAAGGAGCUUUCAUAUACACCUAGAUAG